UGGUGAUGAUGAUGGUAGUGGUGAUGAUGAUGGUAGUGGUGAUGAUGAUGGUAGUGGUGAUGAUGAUGGUAGUGGUGAUGAUGGUGAUAGUGGUGAUGAUGAUGGUAGGUAGGGGAAAGGUGAUGAUAGUGAUGGUGGUGGUGUAGGGAGUGAUGAUAAUGGUGUUAAUGAUGGUGAUUAAUGAUGGUUGUAGUUGGGAUAAUGUGAUGAUAUGUUUACCAUCUCUGUUCUAGCUUCACAGUGCAUUCAAAUUCUAAAUUUUUCAUUCAGUUUAAAGACGAUCUCCUUAUACAACAUGAUCCAGCAGAGAAGAACAUCACUCGCUUGAGUGACGUCGCUUCAAUUCGUCUCUACAAUCCUCAAACUUUGGCUGAACUUUCUGUUUCCGGGCUUGCAAAUCCAGUCAUUUUACGAUUCCCAAUUGAUGAUGCCGAAAUGUACGAAAACUACACCAAAGAAGUAAGCUUUAACAUAUUAAAUAAACUAAAAUAACUUUGUUUAUACUGUACAGCUCUGUCAGUUCUAAACUAUUCUUCUUGGAAAUGCAGCGAGAACCGUUCCUUUUGAUUAACCUCUAAACACUUGCAAACAAACAUUCCAACACGUGAUCUGUCCUUUAUAUAGUGUCGAAUAUGGCACGAGGAUUCAAAGGAAUGGCAGAUGUCGGGAUGCUCUGCUUCUACAUCAAACAACAGUAUUGUCGAAUGUAGCUGCACAAAGUUAGGUUAUAUUGCUAUUUUCUUGGGAGAAAAACAGCGUCCUACCACUGCACCGCCGACAACACCAGAACCAAGUCACGCCAGAACCACAGGUGAGGAAUUUGAAAAAUGUUUUGUGGAUUGGUGGUUAAAAUCUCAUGAUCUUUAUUUGUUUUAUGUUCUAUAGUGGCACAAGAGGAAGCCCAGAUGGUAGAGUUCGCGUUUGAUGCAAACUACAGUCAAGUUAUAAGUGGCAAUACAACAAAACCUGUCUUCAUUUCACAUCUCCGACCAUUCCUCGCCAAACUACUGAAUAUUUCCCAAGCAAGAAUCACGAAUAUUGACAUCAGAAGUGGAAGCAUUAUUGUGACAUUCACCAUACUACCAAGCAACAACACGAACGAAGCUUCUGUCAACUCAACUAUCCUGCAUCUUGAGCAGUUGGUGAAGACAAAUAAUGUGAACCUUACUUUACCUGGCUCUAACGACACACUAAGAGUUAAUCCGAGUUCCUUCAAAAUCAUCGUCGUGUCACCAACGACCAGAGCUUCAACUUUGAAGCCAGAUGAUGAUGAUGAUGAUGAUGGUUUGAGUACAACAGAGAUUGUGAUAAUUAUUGUUGUUUGUGUGAUUGUUCUAAUCGCAGUGAUCGCAGGAUUGGUGUAUUAUUUCGUACGUGUAAAACCUGCUAGAGCUGGCAAGAUCUCCCCGCAUAAUUCAAGCAUGCAGCUUAACGAACAACAGAAUAAUAAUCAAGUUGCGAGGACUGGUGUGGAUAACAAUGCUGUCGUCACAGGUAUAUGAUGUUGCUAAUUAAUAGUUAAUUAAUCUUAAUUAGUUGAUCAAUUAAAUUAAUUAAUUAGUUAUCUAAUUAAUUCGUUAAUUAAUUAAUUAAUUAAUCUAUUAGGUAAUUUAGGAACAUUCAUAUUAAGUGGGUUUCGCUGAGCAGCACUAUCAUGCAAAAGUUCAAUGAGGUUUAUUCGCAAAUACCACCAAACAAGAUAUUUGUUUCUUCAAAAAAGCACUAUCAUAUUUGGUGGCAAAUAGAUAGCAUUAUAAGAUGUAGUGUAAUACACACUUUCAGAGAGUACGUCACCAUGACUAUGAAGCCUCGAAACGAGACGUUGGGCUUUAACCAAUACGACACAUACAAAAAACGAGGCCAAAAUGACGUGCUUUCUGGAAGGGUGUAUUACCUUGCUUCUAUAUGUCAGUCAACAUUUAUGAACUUGGCCACCAUUUACUCCGAUGUAACGCUUUCUAAAACCCACAAAUUGCCAGUACAUUAAAACGAUUACCAGUCCUAAAUUAUUUAAUGUUUAAUUUUCAGAUGAGAAAGCAGUCUAAACCACAACAUCUUCAAACAAACUGAUGUAGAUACACUCCAAGAAAACAACAUUUUUGUGUGAGGAUACAUAUCCUUUACUUUACUUAUGAUCACGCAAGCAGCCGGUCUGUACCAUAUAAAACGUUUUGUAGUAAUACGCUGUAGUUAACUUGCACUGGUAGUAAAUGUUGUAUAGAUUGAUCGCACUGUUGUGUAGCACACAGUUUGGUAAAAAUGAAGAUAUUUUUCGAUAUGUCAUAACUGUUAUUUAAGAAGGCACAAAAUUACAUUAAAAUAGGUGUUAGUUGGAUUCGUAACGAAUUAAACGCUAUAUUUAAGGCUUGAUAAAUCUACGAAAGAAUUUGCAAAAACAGUUGAAACUUUGAUGUUUCCUGAAAUGUUUUCCCGUUUGCCCUCCCUCAGAAAUAUUGUUUAGGACACAGAAUUUGCUUCUCAGAACGAAACAUGGAACAGGGGUUGGAAUAAAGCCUUAUGAUUUGCUGAGAGAAUUUUGUAGUUUAAAGAUAUUAGCAGGCAUGCAUAGUGUAGGAAAUUUCAGUUGGAAAGCACCCAUAAUCUGAGUGUUUGAACAGUUUGCAAUUAUUUAUCGUAUGAAGAAAAGACAAUGAUUUAAGUAGUUUGCACGUAAUUUAUUGAAUAAGUAGUAGAAAGCGUAAAAUACAUAUUUUAUGUACAUUUGUGAUCUCCUGUCUUUUCUAUACUUGGUUUGGUUAAUUUAGGUUAUGUUUAAGUUGGCAUAGUUUGAGAGCUUCCAUCUGUGUUGAGGCAUUGAUGCUGAAUUUCCAUUUUUCCAAGAUUUAUGCGGUUUAAUGCGCAAGAAAGUAAGAGUUGAAAAUUUUAUUUGUAUCUCUUUCAAAUUUUACAGCUCCAUAUUUUAUAUAUUAAUGCACUAUUCUGACUAAUUGUCAUUCGUAUAUGAAGAUCAAAUCUAGUUGAAUGUUGUAUGGUAAAUACCCAUCUUGAGUAUCUUUUAGCAUGCAAAAUGUUUUUCGUUAUCAUUAGGAAUCCCUUUUGUCCAUAUUCGUAAUUUUAAUAUUCAUUAAGAGUUCUCAUAUGACCAGAAAGGGGUUGAAAUAAUUGCUUUUCCAAUGAAAGAUGAUUUCAUUUCCACCGGGCAGCAUGUUCUUUCGUAGUGGGUGAAGUGUACUGAAAGGAAGUGUCGUUAAUGGAUUCAAGGUGUCUUCCAAGGAUACCAGAUGUCUUAUCCCUAUCCAAGCCAUGAAACACCCCCAAUGUCCCUAGUUAUCUUUAUAUGCCUCUAGUAAAGCCAAGAUGGAGAAAUGACACCCAAUAGCCGCGCCAAAGAUGCCAAACACCGCGACCAGAGUAUCGACUGCAAAAUGAUGCCAUUCUAACCUAUCAUAACAUAUCUUCAUAUGAAAGAUUGCCGGGAAGAUGAAAGCCAGGCACAUGCCUGUGAAGUUUCCGACCAACGCCAUGUACAGCCCGAAAUGCGGGAUUAUAACGCCUGUUAAAAGGGUAACCGAGAUCACGAAAGAUCGUGCUGUUAACAUCGUGAUUCGUGUCAGCCUAUCCGUGCCCUCGAGUAACGUGGCGAGCGGAAACCAUGACACAUUAAUAUCCUGGAGCAAAUCAAACACCGUAUAUACUGGGAUGGUAUACGACGAAAGCGCCAAACCAAAAACCAGGACAUUGAUAGGCAAAUGUAG